CAAUCAAUUAAAUAGCUAUUAGUACAAAAACUUUUAGCGUAAAAUGCUCAGCUCGAUAACUGCCAGUGGCGUCGUAGUAUGUGGCGUUCUGAGCGCGACACCGAAGUCGAUAUCAAGGGUAUAAUUUCACAAAAUUGAAUUCUGGAGGAUUAUCCCUCGGAAACCGGUAUUUGGACACGUCGAGUGACUGAGAAGACGGAGCUAUACUGAUUGGAAGAUAUAGCAGUACACUCGCGAACUUGCAGGAUUCCACCAAAUCAUUGACGGUUGCAACAAAAACUGCAAAAAUUAAAGUGAAGCCUCACAAUUUGCUCUUCGUUUUGGCCGCGAUUGUAUUUGCGUAGCGACUGGACAUGUUUGCGACAUCCGCAAUGUGCAUAUUGCGAAUAGCUAGACACGACCACCAACCCUGCAUGAUAUCUGAUAAAAGGACGGACAACAUCAAUCCCCGACCGCAUGGUAAGACCCGCUUUAUCCCACUGGCGCCGAGGUGCUCUAGAAAGUACACAACUCACGCGCAACGAAGUUUCGAGUUUGCCACAUUGGUGGUACUUAAAGAUAUACCUCAAAGCUGUUCAUGCGACAACAUCGGCGCUUUGCAAUACAUAGCCUCGUCUGGGAUAUUUGCGACAGCAGUGGAGCUGGUGAUCAUGCCAUCAGGAAAAUCCGAAGAUGGUUGAACGAGCUGAAUCUCUGGCAAAGUCGGUAGUUGCCUAGUUAUGAAGUGAGAAAAUCUGGAAAUAAACGCGAGAGUGUGGGUUGAGGAAUUCUUGUGCCAAAAGGGUGAAUAGCCCAAGCGGUAAUGCUGCGAGCGGGCAGGAAAGAAGCUGAAAGCGGAUAUAAUGCAACAGAAGAGUACGGUUGUAUCAAAGAUAUCACAGCAAUGCUGUAACGGAGAAAAUGUUGGAAAGAA